AUGGCCCAUCGACCUGCGGGGGCUGGGGGACGCGAUGCGACGGCGUAUCCUUCGGUAGAGGAAGUUCUUCAGGAGCUCGAGGGAAACGGCGAUGCGGCUGCGGAGGAAGACCUCUACGGGCAGUACGCCUGGGAGUGCGAAGCAGAGAGGUCAUGGGACCAACUCGUGGAGAGCUCAGAGGGGUUCGUCCUCCUGCACGGGGCAAGCGGAGGCGCCGACGAGGGCGUCAAAACGCGGCGAGCGGACCGUCGCCAGCAACUCGAGCCUCAAAUCAAAAAGGGAGUCAUUCGGAGUCUCGUUUUGCUCAUCGACAUGUCGGAAGCGAUGCGCGAAAAAGAUUUUCGCCCCGAUCGCCUCAGCUGCGUCUGCCAACUCGCCGAGGAGUUCAUUGGAACUUUCCUGCUUCAGAAUCCCCUGGCACAGCUCGCACAGGUGGCCUUGAUCGGGCCUUCCGCAGACCCGAUCGUUACGUCGCGCUGUGGGGCGACUCGCGGAGACAGUCCCUCCGUCCCUGCGGCGCGGUCUCCGGGAAGUGUCGGCACGCACCUCUUCAGCAGCAACGCCGAGGAGUGCAUCGCGUCUCUCCGCGAAAAACGAAAAACAACUCCGGGAGUCGGCACAGGAGUCCCGUCCCUCAAGAAUGGCCUUCGUCUUGCAAAGGAUCUCCUCGCUUGCGUCCCUCCCUACUGCACUCGCGAAGUGCUCAUCCUCUACGGCUCGCUUCGGACGUGCGAUGUCGGGUGCAUUGAGGAGACAAUCGCCGACGUGAAAGAAGGCAACAUUUGCUGCAAUGUCAUCUGCCUCGCUGCGGAGAUGCACGUCCUCAAGAAGCUCUGCCAAGAAACUGGAGGCCGACACGCAGUCCCUCUGCACCGAGAACAUCUGCGCUCGCUUCUCGUUCAGCACACUCUCCCUCCGGCGUGGUCUUCGAGCAUGCAACCGAGUCUGGUGCGCAUGGGGUUCCCCUCCCUCAAGUCGACGAGCACUGCCGCGCUGUGCAGCUGUCACCAGCAACUCACCUUCUCCGCCUACGUGUGUCCCCAGUGCGGCGCGAAGCUUUGCGAUAUUCCCAAUCGCUGUCGAUGUUGCUUUCUGCACCUGGUCUCGCCGGCGGAUAUUUCCCGCUCCUUCCACAGCCUCUGCCCACCUCUCCCGUUCGAUCCAGUCGCCGACAUUCCCGAGGCAAAGCGCGUGUGCGCGUGCUGCACGACGCGCCUCGAGCGCGGUGGUUCGCAGUGCCCAGACUGUGGAGAGAUUUUCUGCCACGACUGCGACGUGUACACCCACGAACAACUCCGGCAAUGCGCCUUCUGCGUCAUGCGCGACAUUACGACGCUCGACGACGAGUCCGUUGUUGGCGCCACGGCCGCUUUGCCGGGCGUCUCUCAAUCUGGCGUGUCUUCUGAGGAGCCCAGCGACCGCGCCGACGGGGCCGCAGCGCUCGUGCCUCUCGCUUCCGGCUAG